ACUCUAGCGCGCGGUAGACAGACGGAGAGAAUUGGUGAAGCAAAUUGUUUAUAGAGUUUCGCCGCGGAGUUUAUUUCAAUGGCGGGUUCAUGUGAAUCGUGAACGCAUUACUUUACUACAAUCUUAAGAGGAGCCUGGGCACACACAGAGAGAUGGAAGAUCAGAGGAUAACAGAGGCGGAGAGGCAACAGAUCGAGCAUAUUCGAGAGCUCGAUUUUGAGGAAUUGCAGGUUGAGGAAGUCGAUGAAGACUCCUCCGAUGACCACCUUGAUGCGAAUGGUGUUGCCUCCUUGAAUGAGUUUACGUUCAACACUUGUCUGGCUUCUUUGCAUACGUAUCUUGGUGAGGUUGAUGAUACUCACAACAGAGUGGCUUUUUUGGAUGGAGGUGCCGUUUUGAACCUCCCACUGUUCUAUCUUGAAGGAGUUGUUCUUUUCCCAGAGGCCACUCUACCUUUAAGAGUCAUUCAGCCCAAUUUUAUAUCUGUUGUCGAGAGGGCGUUGGCACAAGUUCAUGCACCUUACACCAUAGGCGUUGUUCACGUUUACAGGGAUCUUGAUAAUAGACGAAUACGGUUUGCAUCAAUUGGGACAACUGCAGAAAUUCGGCAGUACCGGCGAUUGGAGGAUGGGUCCAUGAAUGUUGUUACUCGUGGUCAACAGCGUUUCCAUCUAAAGCGCCGAUGGAUUGAUAUUGAAGGAGUGCCAUGUGGUGAGGUUCAAAUUAUCCAAGAAGAUCUACCAUUAAGAAUUCCUCGGGAUGCAUGCGGAAAAGUGCCACCAUCAUCUAAACUGCAUGGUCGUGGACCCUUAUGCCGGCUGCCUUUAAAUGCCACAUCACACAGCCAUGGAGAUGGGGACAAUGAUUCAGAGGCAAACUCAGAGGAAAGCUUUGAGAAUGAGCUUUCACUAGCAGAGAGGAGAAUUCACAAAUCUGCAUUUGAUCCCUGUUAUGGGUAUGACCCAAUGGAUGAAUCCACAAGUAGCGAUGAUGACAAGUCUGCAUGUCAAUCCGAGAUCCGGUCUAGAUGUUCCCCCCAAAGUGACUCAAACUCCGUAGAAUCUUUGCAUUUAUAUGACAAUAAAGAAAUAAAACAUGCUGCUGUAGAGAUUGGGAAUAGUUCCGGAUCAGCAAGGCCCUCUUGGAGAGGGGAUGGGUUAAGAAGGUCUUGGAGAAAAACUGAUCUCACCCAGUUCCAUUCAGUUACAAGAGCCUUUUGGCCAUAUUGGGUGUAUCGUAUGUAUGACUCCUAUUGUCUUGCUCAGAAAACUGCAGAUAUGUGGAAACAGAUAGUUGGAACGCCUAGCAUGGAUGCCCUUGUGAAGAAGCCUGAUCUUUUAUCAUUUUAUAUUGCCAGCAAAAUCCCUGUAUCUGAAUCUACAAGACAGGAGCUUCUGGAGAUUGACGGCAUUUCAUAUAGGUUGCAGAGAGAAAUCGAGUUACUCAAGAAUUUUGAUCUUAUUCGAUGUAGAACUUGUCAGACUGUGAUUGCAAAGCGAAGUGAUAUGUUGGUGAUGUCUACCGAUGGUCCUCUUGGUGCCUACGUGAACCCAAAUGGUUAUGUGCAUGAGAUAAUGACUCUUUACAGAGCAAAUGGCUUAGCACUCUGGGGCCAUCCGCAAACUGAGUACAGCUGGUUUCCUGGUUAUGCUUGGACAAUCACAAACUGUGCCACUUGCGAAACCCAAAUGGGAUGGCUAUUUACAGCCACAAAGAAGAAUUUGAAGCCGAAAUCGUUUUGGGGCAUACAGAGUGCCCAGGUUGCAGAUGGUGUGCAUUAAAAAAAGUAUGUUUCAACUGUCUUUUAGAUCUCUGUCAUUCUCCUUGUGAUGAGCUUAUUUUGUAUGUAUGGCACGUAUAUCACUUGCAUCAUACAGGUCCUAUAACCUUAUAUCAUCUUAAUAGGUCAUAUGUCAGUGUUGCAACAGGUUGAAAGAAUUAUUUACAUACUUAUUGGUUUAUUUUCAGCA